GUGAACAUUGAAACAAACUGUGGAAGUUCAGAGUUUUUUAAAUAAAUAAAUAACAAUAAUUUUAAAGUGUAAAAUAAAUAAUGAAACUGGCAUAAUAAUGUAUUACAAAGACUACAAAAAAUUGUAAAGUGAUAAAUUAAAAUUGUGAAAGUUUUUAACAGUAAAAAAAUCUUCAUAAAUUUAUUUAAUAACUAAUCCAAAAAUAACUGAACUUAGUUCAGUAAAACCGCUGGAUAAUGUUUGAAAAGAACAUGGAUGCCAACAAUCUAUCGGUCUCCAUUAGCGGCGACUUGGAUUCCACCAGUUCCGGCGGCACAUCCUCGGAUCACUCGGCUGUCCAGCAGGACAACCUCAGUUCUCCGAUGGCCUACGGAUCGCUCUUCCUUCCCAAUGCUGGUUAUCGCGGCAACCUCUCGUGCAAAACAGUUCUGCAAUUGGAUAAAUUUGCACCCUACGAGGGGGCGGAAAAGGAUCACCUGCUGGAGAGGCGGUUCCAGGACAUCACCAACGACUAUGACAAGUCGCCGCCGCCCACCGCCUCGACCACGCCCACCCACUAUCCCAGCCUGAAUAGCAUAAUAUUCGAGAACGGCAGCGGUGGCAAUCUGGGGGAUCUCAAUGGGAACACCACGCAAAGGAGUGCUGGUGGUGGUUUGGGCGGCAAUCCCGGCAGUGGUGGUCACCUCAUCUCGAAUCUCACAGCGGCACACAAUAUGUCCGCAGUAAGCAGCUUUCCCAUCGAUGCCAAGAUGCUGCAGUUCUCAACAGAUCAGAUCCAGUGCAUGUGCGAGGCCCUGCAGCAAAAGGGCGACAUCGAAAAGCUGACCACCUUCCUCUGCAGCCUGCCACCCAGCGAAUUCUUCAAGACCAACGAGAGUGUCCUGCGAGCCCGCGCCAUGGUGGCCUACAAUCUGGGCCAAUUUCACGAGCUCUACAACCUGCUGGAGACGCACUGCUUCUCCAUUAAAUACCACGUCGAUCUGCAGAAUCUCUGGUUCAAGGCCCACUACAAGGAGGCCGAAAAGGUGCGCGGUCGUCCCCUCGGGGCGGUGGACAAGUACCGACUGCGGAAAAAGUAUCCACUGCCCAAGACGAUCUGGGAUGGCGAGGAGACGGUCUACUGCUUCAAGGAGAAGUCGCGGAACGCCCUCAAGGACUGCUACCUCACCAAUCGCUAUCCCACUCCCGACGAGAAGAAGACGCUGGCCAAGAAGACCGGCCUCACGCUCACCCAGGUCUCCAACUGGUUCAAGAACCGCCGCCAAAGGGAUCGCACGCCCCAGCAGAGACCUGACAUUAUGUCGGUGCUGCCUGUGGGCCAAUUGGAUGGGAAUGGCUUUCCGCGCAUGUUCAAUGCCCCUAGCUAUUAUCCCGAAACGAUUUUCAAUGGGCAAUAAACUGCCUUCCAUGCGAGGCUGUUUUUUCGUGUAAAUAAAGCGUAGUGCGUUUUAAUGUUAGGACAAAAGCAAACGGCAAACUGGUCAUCAAAUGGCACAUCUUUGUUAGCUUUAGA